GUUAGUUUUUUUGUAGCUUUGUUCCUGGAAAGAACGGAAGUUCAGAGAUGAGUAAGCUUCAGAGUGAUGCCCUUGGAGAAGCUAUUUCAACCAUUGUAGCUCAGUCGAAGGAGAAACAACGGAAGUUUACUGAAACCAUUGAACUCCAGAUUUGGUUGAAAAACUAUGAUCCCCAGAAAGACGAGCGUUUCAGUGGUUCCGUGAAGCUGCCUCACAUUCCUCGCCCGAAGAUGAAGAUCUGCAUGCUUGGAGAUGCUCAACACGUUGAAGAGGCUGAGAAGAUAGGUUUGGAUUAUAUGGAUGUUGAAGCUCUGAAAAAGCUAAACAAGAACAAGAAGUUGGUCAAAAAGCUUGCCAAAAACUAUCACGCCUUUUUGGUUUCCGAAUCAGUCAUCAAGCAGAUCCCUCGUCUCUGGGGUCCUGGUCUCAACAAAGCAGGCGAGUGUUACAUAUCUGUAUUGUAUCUGUUUUCAUCAAUUUUUAUUUCGAACUAAUUAUCUUAUUCAGAAAUUUUAUUCGAUUUCAUUAUGAUAUGGAUGUCCGAAAGAAGAUCAGAAAAUCUAAAAGAUGUGGGCACUAUAUAAACUCAAGCCACAAUAGAAAAAAUUAUUCGUUUCUUUUA